AUGCUCGCAGCCGCGCGCGAAGGGACCAACCACGAUGUGGGAGAACUGCUCGAAGCCACGCGAAAGUAUCUGCUGCUAAUUGCCAAUCGUUCGCUCGAUGCUCAGUUGCAACAGAAGAUUGCUCCCAGUGACUUAGUGCAGGAAACGUUCAUCGAUGCCCACCGCAACUUCCGCAACUUCAGCGGAGGUAGCGAAGCCGAAUUGUUUGCAUGGUUACGUCAGAUUUUGUUGCAUAAAGCCGCCGAUGCCGGACGACGGUUUCGUGGUACGGCGAAGCGUGACAUUCGCGACGAGCAAGCGCUCGAUGCCGACUCGAGCCAGGCCAACCUUCAAGUUGCCUGCCACGAUCCAUCGCCAAGCGGAUAUGCCAUCGGGAAUGAGCGCGAGCGAAAGUUGCUCGAUGCCUUGCGACAAUUACCUCCUGACUACCACCAGGUAAUAGAGCUGCGCAGUCUCGAACGAUUGCCAUUCGCACAAGUGGCCAACCGAAUGGGGCGCAGCGAGGCACUUUAUGAGCUGGUUAAACGGUACGACGAGGUUCUUGCUGAUGGCUCUGGCGUCACCUCACUCGAAGCAGACCGUGCCGGGCUUUCGCAGGAGUCGGCCGCGGAACUCAACGACCUGGUGCGUUGUAUGGAAUUGCUCGAGGGUGUUCACCGCGAGCGAACCAGCCGCAUUUCGCUGACCGGCCAGCUAGGAGCAAUCGCUUCGACUUUUCCCGCCGAUGAACUCCCUGACACGCUGGGACGUUUCGAGUUGCGAGGAGAAGUCGGCCGCGGGGGAUGUGGCGUCGUCUUACGAGCCUUCGACCCCAAGUUAAGCCGCGAGGUGGCGAUCAAGAUCCCUCGCCCCGAGGCACUAGUUUCAGAUGAUCUUCGCGAGCGUUUCUUACGAGAAGCCCGUGCUGCUGGCGCGGUUGAUCAUCCUAACAUUGUCUCCAUCUAUGAAGUUGGUGAAGAAGGGCCGAUCAACUUCAUCGCUGCGGCCUACAUCCCAGGUCCCUCCUUAGCCCAAUGGCUAAGUAAGCGGCAAGCCCCGCUGGAGAUUGAAGAAGCUGCAAAACUAGUAUUGACCUUGGCCCAAGCGCUCAAUCACGCCCAUGAACGGGGUGUCGUCCAUCGCGACAUUAAGCCGGGCAACAUUUUGCUGCAGCCUUUGAGCACCAAAAAGGAUUCGCCCUAUCUUCGCGACUACACGCCCAAGAUUGCCGACUUUGGUUUAGCCAAGCUACGCGAGUCGACCGAAACGGCGACCUACACCGGGGCGAUGAUUGGUACACCGUCGUACAUGGCGCCCGAGCAGGCGGCAGGACGGCUCGCCGAGAUCGGCCCGGCAACCGACAUUUAUGCUCUGGGAGCGAUUCUCUUCGAGUUGCUCACGAGGCAGCCACCGUUACGGGGCGAAUCGGACAUCGAUACCUUGCGGCGAAUCGUCAGCGACGACCCACCGCUCGUACGGAUCGCGAGACCACGUGUCCCUCGGGACCUGGAAGCAAUCUGCUUAAAGUGUCUCGAAAAGCGUCCCUCUCACCGCUACUCAAACGCCGCGGCAUUGGCCGAAGAUUUAGACAGUUUCUUAAAAGGAAAAACAACUGUUGCCCGCCCGAUCGGUCCCACACGUCGCACGUGGCGAUGGGCUCGACGGCGUCCCACGGCCGCCGCUUUGGUAUUCGUAAGCCUCGUCUCGCUGUCUCUGCUGAUCGUGGGCACCUGGAUCUACAACGCGCGUCUAUCGACGGCACUGAAGAAUGCCGAAACAGAACGGACUCGAGCGGAAGCUGAAUCGCUCACAAGCCGUCAACUCUUGUACUCUGCAGAGCUACGAUUAGCCUACGACGCCUGGAACUCUUUGAAUCGAACCAGAACGAUUGAGCUGCUGCAACGUCAUAUCCCAGAAGAUGGCCAAGUCGAUCUCCGAGAAUUUGCUUGGCACUGGCUAUGGGAACGGUCCCACGCAGAAGUACAAACACUUGCAGGACAUGAAGACGAUGUCUUCUCCGUCGAGUUCUCUCCCGACGGCACAAUGCUAGCCACCGCAAGUAAAGACGGCACCGCAAGAAUCUGGAAUGCAGUUUCAGGAGAAGUGAUUCAUAUCCUGAACGGGCACACGACCGAGGUCACGUGCGUCGCAUUCUCGCCCGAUGGAACUCAGCUUGCCACUGGUAGCGAAGAUCAACAGAUAAUUGUUUGGGAUGUUUCGACUGGCGAUCAGCAGUUCACACUUGAAGGUCAUCAGAAUCACGUGCUCACGGUGGCCUUUUCGCCCGACGGGCGACAGCUAGCCAGCGGGGGACGAGACCAGGUCAUUCGGAUAUGGAACCUGGACAACCACAAGCUGGAACGAACGCUUGAUCCUGAAUUGGGGAUCGUUCGUUGCAUCCGCUAUUCGCCCGACGGCCAAACGCUCGCGGCUUGCGAUGAGGUCGGGGCCAUCCAUUUGUGGGACACCUCGCACUGGAAACACGCCCCACCGUUGUUGCAAUCCGAUGGCUCUUUGUUCUCCAUCGAUUUCCAUCCCGACGGUCAACACCUAGUUGCAACGGGUCGAGAUUCAAGUCUAUACGUCUGGGACAUCUCCCAGGGAGAAUGUGUCGAGCAUCCCGAAAACAGCAAUCACGAAAGCUGGAUUCGCGAUACGCAUUUUUCUCCUGAUGGGACCAUGGUCGCCAACGCCAACCAAAAUGGAUUCGUGCGGCUGUGGAAACUCACGCAAGAGGGAUCAACACUGCACGCAACCGAAGGUGAGGUAAUUCAAGGUCAUCCUGGAAGAAUCUGGAGUCUCGCCUGGUCCCCAGACAACAAGCUGAUGGCCACCGCCGGAGCGGACACAACGGUAAAGCUAUGGAGCAUUGCAAAUCAAUCCAGCGCAUCCCACUACGAACAUAACGACGGAUGGAUUUGGGACAUUGCAACGAGAAGCAAUUCUCCCGCAUUGAUCACAUCGGAUCAGAGUGGUCGCAUCAGAACAUGGGAUAUCGAACAAGGCAAAGUGCUGUCCUCUUAUCGGGUUCCCACAGCAGGCAAGAGAACAUUUCUCGCACUCCACCCUGACAAGCAACAUGCUGUGGUUUCUGGAAUGAAUCACCCUCACAUUCACUACGUCGAUUUAGAAGAGGGCAAGCUUUUAUGGCAGCGAGGAGAUUAUCCAGGGGGAGUCAACGCGGUAGAGAUAUCGCCCGAUGGGGAGCUGCUGGCGGUUGCCUCCGAGUCGAAUAAGUUGCACGUUCUCGACUUGGACUCCGGUAAACAGCUUCAAACAUUUCCACACAAGAAUUUUGUAGGUUAUGUAGCGUUCUCUCCGGACGGAAACCUCAUUGCGACCUGUUCGAGACAACUAGCAAUGUGGGACAGAAACACUGGGAAGCAGUUGUGGGAGCGAAGGCGCUAUGAGGCCGACCCUCGAUCAGUGACUUUUUCCCCCGAUGGCCAGGUGGUCGCAGCGGCGGUUGGUAAUCGAAUCAUCGUGCUUGUCGACGCACUGACUGGCGACUCUCUCGGCACGUUACAGAGUGAGGACGGGAGGGUCAUGAGCAUCGCAUUCAGCCCGGACGGGAAAACGCUUGCCGUAGGGGCCGCCAUGUCGGCUACGAUCAGCCUGUGGGAUGUGCGCACGCGUCAGGAAAUCUGCAAGCUAAGAGCACCGUUGACCGAGCUGUUUUGUAUCGCGUUCAGCCCCGAUGGUCGCCGGCUGAUUGGCGCUGGCAGCGAAAGAGACGGUCCCGCUCGUCCAUUCGGGACAGGGCGGGUCGUUGAGUGGAAAAUCAGCCCGAAGACCGAUUCACGCUAG